CUCGCAGAAGUUAACCAAAUGUGCAGAAAUGUCGAUAUAAAUUUUGGACAAUGGGCUUGCAAUAUACACGCAGGACGAUUGAUUCCCCAAGUCGAUGAAACAGUUGUGUUCAAAGGCGACUUCAGAGCAUCGAGCCAAGCGUCUUGGAUGGUAGACUUCUCUUGAGCAGCAUGGUCCCUCUUCCACUCUUCAAACUCGGAGCCCUCUUCGUGAGGCAGAUCUCGAAAUAUGGCGCCGUGAGUUUACGAAUAGGAGAUGAGAAAAAGCUCCGAGAUGGAAGCUAAUUUGUGCCAGAAUUACAUCAAAUCCCAAGCCCAUGACCACCCUAAAUUUCGAACCUAUGCUGCACGAUAUGGACAGACCAUCCACCAGAUCAACAUGCGAAUGACAGUCAAGCUGCUGAAAGACUCUGCAGCAGAGAAACGAGCCAAAGAGAAAGCAGAAGCUCCUACGGUCAAAACGGAAGAGCAGACACGGCAUGAUGCGGAACAAAAGGAGAAGAAUGCCCAGAAGGAAAAGACGGCAAAUCAAGAGGCGUCGAAGAGCAUAUGGAAGCGAAAAUUUAGACCACUACCAGAAGCUAAAGCUGUGGAUUUGUUCGCAGAUGUUAUUGGAGAUACCUUCGUUCUCCUCGUUGCUGGUGGUUUGAUCAUUUACGAGUAUGUCAGGUCUAAAGGCAAACCGGACGCCAAUGCAGAGAAGAUCGCCGAGUUAAAUCUGAAGCUGGAGGCAUUGGAUGCUCGAGAGAAGCAGUUGGAAGAAUCAGAGAAGGAGCAGCAGACUCGGGUUGAAACCCUGGAGCAAGCAAUCGAGGAGAUGAGAAAAGCAAGCAGCGGGAAGAAGUCCUUGGCAUUUUCUCGCUCAUGAAGCAAUAGCAGCCUCCAUAGGUGCUUGCUUCAAGGAUGAGCCAAAGAAGCGUAUUAAGCUUCAAAUGGCACAUCGUUGUUACAAAUACGAUGCCCUAUUGUAAGAAUAGAUGGGUAUUCCAUGCCACCAUACUGCGGUUCGUAUAGAAAGGAUAUGCGGAAGGGCAAAGACAUUCUUCCUGCCGCCUGUAUAAUCAACUCUCCAUAGAAGAAAAUCUCCAAGA